AAAUCAACGCGAGAGACGACCCGACUGAGAACGCGGAGGAAAACGUCCCCGACUAUAACGUGAGAUCGGCGACGAGAGAAACGGCUAUUGUGGCUGAACCUGCUGCCAUCGAUCCCACGGUGUUACGCGCUCGAAGCCGAUCGAGCAGUUUUUCUACUAUGUCAACGGUGGCGCCGGGACCGGCAAAUCGCAUCUGAUCAAAUGCAUCCACGCGGACGCCACGAAAAUACUGCUCAGACUACCACGACUGGCUGAGGAAGCGGACAUUUGCAAACAGACUGUUGUUCUCGCAGCCUUCACGGGUACGGCGGCAUUUAACAUUUCAGGGACCACUUUGCAUUCUCUCCUCAAACUGCCGAGAAGUCUCAGACCCCCGUAUCAAGGCCUGGGCAACAAACUGGACGAAGUCAGAGCGGAGCUUUCGAUCGCUGAAAUACUCAUUAUCGACGAGAUUUCCAUGGUGUCAAAAGACCUUUUUGCCUACGUGAGUACCAGAUUGAAACAAAUCAAAGGAAUCGAUUUACCUUUUGGCGGUAUGUCUGUGCUUGCUGUCGGAGAUUUCUUUCAGCUCCCUCCUGUGAGACAAUCCAAACCUUUGUGCGUGUACGAUCCUACUCGGCUGGACCACUGGCGCGACAACUUCAAAAAGAUCACGCUCACGGACAUCAUGAGGCAGAAAGAUGAUGCCGCCUUUGCCGAAGUGCUGAACAGACUCCGCGUCAAAGACAGGUCUCGCGAACUGUCGGAACCGGACGCAUCUCUGCUUGCUACGAGGUACGCUUCUCCAGUAACGUGUCCAAAGAAUAUUCUGCAUAUUUUUGCCACCAAUAAGCAGGUAGACGGCCAUAAUUCCGCGAUGCUGAAUCUGCUUCAUAAGGACGUUGUGCAAAUCGACGCCGAUGACUACAAGAAAGACAAAAAAACCGGCAGAAUGGCAAGGCAAGCGACCCCUGUCCGAGGACCUAAGAACGGGUUGCCCGACUCGAUCAAAGUCGCCGUCGGCGCCCGCGUCAUGAUCACACGCAAUAUUGAUGUUCAAGCAGGUCUGUGCAACGGGACAUUUGCAAAAGUUGUGCAAUUGGUGAAUUACCCAAACGAAGCGCGUGUACAGAAACUCGGGCUGGAGCUAGAUUGUGUCGCUAAGACGAGAAGUGCUGAGAAUUCUGUGUUCAUUGACAGACAGGAGGAGAGGAUGCAGAAUACCGGAGUGGUGCGCCGGCAGUUUCCCGUUAAGCUUGCUUUUGCUUGCACGAUCCAUAAGGUACAAGGCAUGACAACAUCUGAGGCCGCGGUUUCGCUGAAAGGCGUUUUCGAACACGGCAUGGGCUACGUAGCUCUGAGUAGAGUGACUUCGCUCAGCGGUCUUCAUAUUCUGCAUAUGGAUGAGAGAAAAAUUCAUGCAAAUCCGGAAAUCACUGCUGCUCUUGCUGAGAUGACAGAGGAUUCUUUGGACGGCGUGAUGCCCCUGUUUCACGUGAUGCCGAGGGUGGAUAAAGCAAAGGACCUGAUCGUCGUCCAUCAUAACACCGAAGGGCUGUCUUGUCACGUGCAGGAUAUCGCGUGUCACCACGAACUGCGUUUUGCUGAUGUUUUGUGCCUCACAGAAACGCACCUCCGAGGAUCUGCGGCCGCCUGCUUGGAAGGCUAUACCAUGUUUCACAGGAAUCGAAGUGAUUCUUAUACAACCUGUCCCGACUUGGCGACAAAACCCGGUGGCGGCGUAGGUAUUUGUGUCAAAAGUCACAUCGCGGCCCAGGAAAAGAAAUACGUACAGGGUGUGACCGAUAUUGAAUUUGUUGCGGUGAAACUGGAAGCUCCCAUCAAUUUGUUGAUCGCUGCCGUUUACAGGCCUCCCGGGCACAGUCUGCGCGCAUUUCUGCCAAGCUUGGGAAACCUGUUGCGUUAUCUUGAAGUCAUGGACCAUCACCAGAUCUUGGUAUGUGGCGAUUUUAACGAAGAUGCGCUCUCCGCCUCGUACAAGCCCGUCCUUGAAUUGUUUUGCUCAAAGGGUUACACGCAGCUCAUAACCACUGCUACCACUGACAAAAACACAUUGAUCGACCUAAUUUUUGUCUCUCGACCUCAGUGUGCUCUUUAUUCAGGUGUCCUGCAAACGUACUACAGCUAUCAUAAUCCUGUUUUCUGUGUCUUGAAUACUGAAAGAGUUUCUUUUAUCUGGCGAAAGCAGUUCGACCCACAAUGGAGGCCAGAGGUAAACAUUCUCCACAAAGACCUUGAGGAUGCAAAAACUUCCAGCGUGGACCAAUGACUCCCAAACCAGGGAGGCGAGAACCAAGACUUAU